GUUCACGCGACUAACUUAUUUUCGAUUGAAAAUAUGGUAUCCUUGACGCCAACAAAACUAGUAGGAUGUUUUAUGUUUGGCAUUGUGUUGGUUUUGAUUGGCGGAAUUGUAGAUAUUCUUUACCAUGAAAUUUUACCAAAGAGGAUACAAAAGGAAGUGACUCUCGACAAGGGUUCCAAGAUAUACGAUGAUUGGGUUGAAAAUCCUGUAACAACAUACUUUCAAGUCUGGGUGUUUGAUAUUCAGAAUCAUGAAGAAGUAACAGAAAGAGGCGAUAAGCCGUUUCUUGCCGAGAGAGGACCUUACACAUAUAGGGAAUAUCGACAGAAAUACAACAUCACAUAUCAUGCAAAUAAAACCGUGUCAUAUAGAGAGCUUCAGUAUUACGUAUUUGACGAAGAGGCUUCUGUGGGACCUGAGUCUGAUAUUAUCACAUCUGCAAAUGUCCUGAUGAUGACGCUGGCAGACAUUAUUAAACGAGAAUAUAGUUAUGUAACAGAGUUAGCAGAAAUUAUUUUGGAUGCAGCAGACGACAGCAAGCUACUCACUAAAUAUACAGUUUCCCAGUUAUUAUGGGGAUAUGAAGACCCGCUUUUAAAAAGAGUUAAUUCUAUUCUACAAAAAUACAAUAAAACCAUUGAUAUUAGAAUAGGACUAUUUUAUGGAAAAAAUAAUACAGAUGAUGGUUUAUACACAGUUUUUAUGGAGAAGUCAAAAUUAGGAGAGAUUAGUCGCUGGAAUAGGUUAAAGGAGCUUCCACAUUGGACAACAAAAACAUGUCGCAUGAUAAAUGGAACAGAAGGCAGAUUUUUCCAUCCAGAUGUUAAGACAAAAGACAUAUUAUAUGUGUUUGCAUCAGAUUUGUACAGAUCAUUCUACCUGGAUUAUUUAGGAGAGAAGUCAAUAAAGAACAUACAAUUAUAUAGCUUUGUUAUACCAGAUGAAUUAUUUGCUGUAACGGACGAUAAUGCUGGAUUUUGUACUCCUUACGGUCAUUGCACACCUGCAGGAUUGCAGAACAUAAGCUUGUUUAAACAAAAUGCACCCAUCUAUAUGUCACAGCCACAUUUCUACGCUGGAGAUCCAGAAAUUAUAAACAGUGUGAUUGGUCUACAUCCUACACCAAUAAUACAUCAAACUAUUCUAGAUGUAGAACCGAUGACGGGUAUUGUAAUGAAUAUAAAUAAAAGACUACAGAUUAACAUAUAUUUACAAAAUGUUACGAAUAUCAGAGAUUCUGCACGUUUUAAAGAUGGUCUGUACUUACCUAUGGCUUGGGUAAAUGAGAGUGCUGGGUUGGAUGACAAAAGUGCCAAGAAGUUUAAAAGUGAAAUAUUGCAGCCAUUACAGUUGGCUCAGGGAUUAGAAUAUGCCUUCAUUAUAACUGGUUGUUUGCUAUCUGGCUCUCUUCAGGAUAAACAACUGUUGGCAAAGCUGAGUAGUGGUGAUGUUAUAGCACAAGAGAUGAAGUAUCACCCGUCUUGUCUCGCAGCUGUAUAUAAUAGAGAGAGAUCAAGGACGAGACAAACAGAGAUCGAAAGCAGUUGGACACAAGAGGAAACCAUAAUGAAAGAAACUGCAUUAGCUGAGCUGGUCACAUACAAUUUUGAAACUCAAAGAAACUCUGAAGAGUCGGUUGUGUUUUGA